GGGCAGGGGCUGCGGGGGAGGCGGCUCGCGACACCGCACCCGGUCCCCUUGGGGUGUUGGAAGUGCAUCUUGGCGCGGGGGGACAGCCGCUCCGGCGUCCGCUGGGGCCGCCAGAAACGCCUCUCAGACGCGGGGGGCGGCCCGGCUGUCUCAGCGCGCCCUCCAGGUGCUGCCGAGGCUGCUGAGGUCAGACCCGUUGCCCGCUUGUGCUCAACGGAGGCCGUUCUCAUCGUUUUUGCAGUGGACUCGUGCCGACCUAGACCCGCACUCGCCUUUCAUCAGCUGGGUGUAUGGUAGGCAAAAGUUGGAAGCCGUUAAAAUGCGGGUGCACGAAAAGAAAAGACAUAGGUCCUCCUUCUCUUACUCGUCAAGACUUGAAUACUCUAAGUUCAGGGGUGACGGACACCAUAAAUGUCACUUGUUAACUUUUGAUGUUUUGAAGUUAGGACAUCGCUCUCCCUGGGUAAAAAAGUAACGAGCAUGUCUGGGUUUCAGUUCUGCUAGGGCAAUUCCAAGAAGCCACAACAGUGCAAGCCCCGAGAACCAUUUGUGUCUGACAUUGUACGUGGACCGCAGUUGCGACUGGUCAAAAAUAGGAAUGUGACGGGCAAACACCAAGAGACCACAUAAAAAUGAAGUCAUUCCUAAAGUUUUGGAAAGACGUCGCUUUCCCUUUUUCCAGAUUUUAAAGAUUCAUCCUAGUCGCCUGUGAAUCCACAAGACCUUUGAGCCUGUCCCUAUAAUCUGGGAAAAAUGCAUUUUGACUGCAGGUUGAAAAUACACCGUACUGUGGGCUCUUAGUUCAUCAUUUCGGUUCUCCCUUCUAGGCCUUCAUUCCAUUUUUGGAAAGUCCAGAUCUAAAUUCAGAAUUGUGUAGAUUGAAUGAAUGUUGAGCAGCUAAAAGGAGAAUCUCAUUCCUUGGAAAUGUGUAUGUGGGAAGCUGAAGCCUCUUGGUCUAAAUUUUUUUCAGUGUUUCAUGGAAGUUUUGGCACGGAGAGAACAUCUGAAAGAACUCUCCGGUGGUCACCCGUGUUAGAUGAGUGUGGUCCAGUGCACCUGUGUGCAGUGACGGAUAGCAUCAGAAUUAAUGUAACUACCCUGAAAGAUGAUGGAGAGGUAUCUAAAGAACAGGUUGUUCUUAACAUAACCUAUGAGAGUGGACAGGUCUAUGUAAAUGACCUCCCUGUAAAUAGUGGGGUAACCCGAGUCAGCUGCCAGACUUUGAUAGUGAAGAAUGAAAAUCUGGAAAAUUUGGAGGAAAAAGAUUAUUUUGGAAUUGUCAGUGUGAGGAUUUUGGUUCACGAGUGGCCCAUGACGUCUGGUUCCAGUUUGCAACUAAUUGUCAUUCAGGAAGAGGUGGUAGAGAUUGACGGGAAACAAGCUCAACAACAGGAUGUUACUGAAAUUGAUAUUUUAGUUAAGAACCAGGGAGUACUCAGACAUACAAACUACACCCUACCUUUGGAAGAAAGCAUGCUGUACUCUAUUUCCCGAGACAAUGACGUUUUAUUUACCCUUCCUAACCUCUCCAAAAAAGUAGAAAGUGUUAGUUCAUUGCAGACCACCAGCCAGUAUCCCAUCAGGAGUGUGGAAACCACCAUAGAUGAAGAUGCUCUGCCUGGCAAAUUACCUGAGACUCCUCUCAGAGCAGAGCCUCCAUCUUCCUAUAAGGUGAUGUGUCAGUGGAUGGAAAAGUUCAGAAAAGAUCUGUGUAGGUUCUGGAGCAGUGUUUUCCCAGUAUUCUUUAUGUUUUUGAACAUCAUGGUGAUUGGAAUUAUAGGAGCAGCUGUGGUAAUAACCAUCUUAAAGGUGCUUUUCCCAGUUUGUGAAUACAAGUCAUCUUCCAACUUUAGCAAAAUUAAAAUUUAUUGGAUAUCUAUUACGAUCAAGACACUUGUCUUGGGGAUUCAAAUAUGAGUUAAGACAAACUCGACUCUCCAAGACCUUAGAAGUCUGUCAGAGAAAGAAAGGAACCAAUGAUCUAUAAUGGAAAAUGAAUGUGUGUAAUAAGCGAGAGACACAACGAGAGGCUUCACUAUGUAUUGUCAACCCCAGAGUGUCAGUUUAAAGUGAAGUUAAUUUUAGAAGACUAGCAGGAUCUUCACUGUGGUAUUGCUUGUAACAGAAAACAGAAGCGAGAGAGGAGACCUCGGAAUUGUCUGUCAGCAGGGGCUUAACUGCCUGGUGGUUCACACAGGCACUAGGAUCCUGUGCAGCUUGUAAGGAAGUAGUACGCACACUGAGGUGGAGAGAUGUCCAAACUCUAUUAGACGGGAAAAGAACUGCCUAACAGUGUGAUCACAUUGGGGUAAAACAGAAGUGUUAUAUGUACAUUGAUGCACAGAAAAUUCCUGGAGUGACAAAAUGAGUGAUCUUGAAUGAGUGGGUGUGAGCAGGGGUGGAGAGACUGGCUUUUUCUUUUUAUCCUGUAUAGCUUGAUUUUUUUUUUAAGCCAUAAGAAAUUAUUUUAUAAAUUUUAAAAUGAAUUUAUUGUUAGCCUUUUCACACGUUAAACCAUAAGUCUUUUUAGUUGUCUUAGUAGCAGUAAGCAUCAGCAGAAGGGAGGGGACCACGAUUUCUGGCUUAGCCGGAACGUCGUGCUGUGCUGGAAAGACCGCAGGGUUCACAGGAACAGGCGCAGUGGAGACACUCGCUCUUCUGCCUGCUUGUCCGGAGGCCUGCAGAACUCCCCUCCUCAUCCUGACAGUGAGCUUGUGCCUCCCUGCAAGGGCUGCCAAAGGGCAAAGCCACGAGCAAGGAGAGCGCCUGCAGAGCUGAGAGGUCCUAGUGCCCCUCCCACUGAGUCUGGGUUUCUUCCGCAGAAGUCGCAUUUCCCAUCUCUUUCCAAUAGUGACAAUUCUGGAACUUAAGUUUCUUCCUUUUUCCUUUGUCUGCCAGGAAGCUCAGAACUUUUUUUGAACUUUAUUAUGCAAAGCUGCAUAGAAAACAGUGUUGUGAAUUUUAUUUGCCAUGGGUUCCUCUGUGAGAAAAGAUGCAAUGUAAAAUUAAACACCAAACUUGAAGUACACUUUAUCAGUGAGGAUACUUUCUGGACCGAUUUCGUCAGUACAGCAGUGUAGAGAGCUGUGAAGUUAAGGUCUCUCUUCACUCCCCUGUUCAAUUCUUGUUCUAGAGGUAAUCACUGUUAACUGUUUGGGUGUGCAUCUUUUAUCCAGAUUCUGGUAUUGAUAUAAAUGUAGACUAGGUCAUUGUAAUCAUCAGCCUAGGCUCUUAACUGUCCCUCAGAUUUAUUCACUUUUGACAAAGGUUCCCAACCUUUCUUGGUUCAUAGCACCCUUAGUGUGCCAGUAAUUCUUCCUGGUGCCCUUACCUAGGCCAGAAGAAAAAAAGGAAAGAAAAAAUAAUUUUAUUUAGUUCUUAACUUACUAAUGGGAUGUGCGUGGGUACAGGGCACUACAUCUUAUCUUGGAGUCAGAUCGACACCUCCACCUUCAUUUCCUGUUCAGUAUUAGUUUUUGUACAGCAUUUGCUUUUUAUCACAGUAACUGCCAAAAAUCCAGCUUUGCAAAGAUACGACUUCAUUGGAAGGAACGUGGAGAGCAGUCUAAUGUUGAAGCCGUGAACUGCCCUCUAGCUGGUAUUGCACGGACGAUAGUCUGUGGUCCUCUGUGAGUCGGCUGUGCCACUCCAGGGUCUCAGUGCAGUUUAGGAACCAGGGGCUUAAGAUCUUCUCCUAUCAGUACACAUAUAGGCUGACUUACUCUCUUUAUGGCUGCAUAGCGUUCCACAGCAUGGAGAUGCCAUAAUAUAGCCAUUCCUCCAUUAGACAUUUAGGUAAUUUCCAAUUUCAUGUUAUUUCCAAUAAUGCUCUGGUGGACGUUCUUAAAUGUACAUGUAUCUUUUUGCACAUGUGUAUUUAUGCAGAAUAGAUUCCUAAAAGUAAAAUUACUGGGUCAAAGGGUACAUAUAUUUAACAUCUCCUCAACAACCUGAUAGCAAUCCUUUUUGUUUUUGCUACUGUGGACAGGAAUAUAAUCUCACUCUUGCAUUUUCUUACUAGCAUCUUUGCUAGCCUAGGUCUAGCUGUCUAGCAUCUUUGUGACAAUUGGCUGUAUAUAUUUCUCCUGUGACAUGCCUAUUUAUAGCCUUUGCCCAUUUAUCAGUUGUAUUGCCUUUUGUAAUCGUCAAUAUGUGGGAGCUCCUUUGUUAUCGAUAUGUAAUAUGUAUUGCAGACAUAUUUUUUUUAAUCUCAGACUACGAUUUGUCUUUUGCUCUUCUUUAUGGUAUUCCAUAUCAUACAGAAGUUUCAAACUUGGGGUCACAGUAAUUCCUGCUUUUCCUCUAUGGCUUCUAGGGUUACUAAUUUUUCUUAAGUAGAUCUUUCCCAUCUUAAAAUCACAUGUUUUCUUAAAACUUAUUUUUUACCAUCACUUUUGUGUAUAGUUUGACUUAGAGUUCUGAUUUUGUUUUCCAAACAGAGGCCCUUUUUCGAUUAGUAAUUUGCCCAUUGACUUGGAAUGUUACCCUGUUCUGAACUAAAUCCCCGUAUACAUUAGUUUUGUUUCUGGACUCGCUUCUUCGAUUGAUCUGUUUGUUCAUUCUUGUGCCAGUAGCAUGGUUUUAACUAUAAUCUUUU